CCGGGUCCUGCACCAUGUCGUUCAGAACGUUCAAUGCGUUAUGGUCCGAAACACAGGAUGAGCUGACUGUUAUUCUGGAAAAAGAUCAAGAACUUCAGGGAACAUUUCAUCCAGACCCACUUGGGCUAUAAUGUGCAAGUGUAUCACUCGACACCAAUUUGUCAAAAUUGUCAGCAACGAGCGGAGGUGGCAGUGCGAGUCCGGCGUGUGUACGUGCUGUACCUGGGAGCUGCUCGUAAACUCAACGUCUGCCAUGAUCAGCUCUUACAUCCCCAGAAGCGUCUUCUGCUGCGUCGCUUACUGGAUGCCACAAUUGGCAGGAUCGUCGAGUUGAAACACGAACUGGUGUCGCUGGACCUGAGUGACAUCCAGCACUGUGACGACAUCAUGGUGGAACUCAACCUCACGCCCCAGGACCUGGUUGUCCCCAUCCCCACCUACAUCAGGAGAGAGAGACUACUUAUCAUCUCAGAGAGAAAUGCCCUGAUAGAUGACUGUUUACGUCGUGCUGGACUGGAAGCUGUGUCGGAGGACGAGGUGUCGCCCCUAACAGUGUCGGAGGCGAUUAUGCUGCUGCAGCGUCACGAGCGUGCCAAGCAGGGACGGGCCAAGGCCGACCACCGCAGGGACCUGCUGGCCAGACAGGAGCGAGACCGAGGACGGGGGCGCCAACAGGUUUCAAAGGAGGUGGCGGUUGUGAGGUUGCAGGCGGUGACGCGGGGCAUGUUGGCCAGGCGGAAGGUGAACCAGAUGAGGCUACAAGAGGAACUCUUCCUAGGCCUGCGUCCCGACCCGACACUGGACCGGAGCUGGGGCGGGAAGCUGGAGAAGGUGCAGGAGACCAGGUACCUAGCGCAGGAAGACAGGAAGGUGGCGCUGGACAACCUGCAGAAACGCAUUCAGACCAAGAUCGUGUAUGAGGAGGGAAACCAACUCCUUACCUCCAUGGAGGACAAGAUCCGUGAGUGGAUCUUCCAGAAGAAACAUGAGACUGGCAAGUUCCCAGACCUGCCAGAGGAGGACGAAGGCGGCUCUUCUGCUAUCGUAGGUAUGGCGCGACCUGAUGAUGACGCCAUCAGUGACGACGCCAGGUCCCUCGAGAGGAAGGAGGCCGCCCCGGGACCCCGCUCAGGCGACAGCGAGCGAGAGCGGGCGCGGGAACAAGCCAAGCAGAAGAAGAAGAAGGAGGAAGAGGAGAAGGCCAUUGUCCUCCGUCCAUCCAGCUUUGUCACGGACAUCCAGGGGGCGUGCGACCAGUUCCAGGACGUGUGGUCGGUGAAGGAUAUUGAAGACAACACCGAAGAACACCCGGAGGAGGACAUGAUCGAGACGGAGCAGAGGGCUAGGGUGGAGGUAGAGAUCAGGCGCCAAGUGGACUACCUCAUGCGGCAGGAGAUCCAGAGGCUGAAGGAGGAUGUAGAGGGUGAGAAGAGGGGAGCAAAGAAGAAGAAGCGAGUGAAGAAGGGCGGGAAGAAAGGGAGGAAGAGGAAGGAGAAGGAUUUAACGCCAGAUAGAACUACGGAGUCCCUGUUUGAGGAGUUGGUUCUGAACGGGAUCAUCAAGAAGGUGCCAGAGGUGCGGCUGAGUGAACUGUACGGAGACGUGAGUCUGGUGGGGUGUGAGAUGGUAGCCAAGACCAAGUACCCGAUGCCCGCCAUCGGUGACAUCAAGAACAUCCUGACAGAGUAUGUCGUUCUCCCGCUGGGAGUGGAUGGGGUGCACGAGCAGACGCAGAUGGUGAAGAGUGUGUUGGUGUGUGGGCCACGUGGGUGUGGCAAGACUCGCCUCGUCCACGCCCUCGCCUAUGAGUCCGGCGCCACCUUCAUGGACCUCACAGCCACCAAUAUUGUGGGCAGAUACCCGGGCAGGGCAGGCCUAAACAUGCUAACUCACCUGGUGAUGAAGGUGGGUCGUCUGCUGCAGCCAACACUCAUCAUGAUUGACGCCGCUGACAAGAUGUUCCUCAAGAAGGUGCCUAAGACUGAUAAGUCAGACCCAAGGCGGCUGAAGAAGGAGAUGCCAAGGAUGUUGAAGAGUCUUGGCCCUGAGGACAAGAUAGUCUUUGUGGGCAUCAGCAAUGCUCCCUGGAACUGUGAUGCCAAGUCGCUAUCGUCGGUGUACAACAAGUUGGUGAUGAUCCAGCGCCCCACCUUCAGUGCCCGCGCCCAGCUCUGGCGACACCUCAUCACAAAGAACGGCGUCAAGCUAACGCCUCGCUUGGACAUUGGUGGACUGGCCCGUAUAAGUGAUGGUUACACCUCUGGCCACAUCUGUAGUGUGGCGAGUCAGGUGGUGACAGAGCAGCGCCUCGCCAAGCAGAACAAGACACCUCUCACAGCCCUUGAGUUUGUGGUGCCUCUUAGUAAGAUAGAACCUAUCUACAGGGAGGAGGAGGAGGCCAUGCGGGCAUGGUACCAGAAGACGCCCAUCAUGAAAAAGCGAGCGAGGUACCUGGAGGAGGAGCUGGAGGCACAGGGUCUCAAGGGCAAAGGCGCCAAGAAACCCGACGCUAAGAAGCCCAAGGGCAAGAAGGGCAAGAGGAAGAAGAAGAAGUAAUCCCAAUACAAUACAGGUUAAUUAAGGGCCACCUGUAGUGUAAAUCUGAUUACGAGUUGUUGACUUACCUGUAUUUAUAAAAAAGUUGAAUUUGAUAUGUUAUUCUAUGGUAAAGUAUUUGAUGUGAUUAUAAUACAUUAACCCACUUGAGUACGAUGAUAGUCCCCUGAGCACAGUAGAUUAACCCAGUGAGUUAGAUAGCAUUAACCACUUGAGUACGAUCCAGUUUGCAAUGUAUAGUGGGUUAAACCAGUGAAUAAGUAUAUUAACCCUUGAAUACGAUGACUUAGCCACUUGAGUAUGUUGAUUUAGCACCUUGAGUAUGUUGGUAAUCCUCUGAGUAUGGCGUGAUAACCCUAUGAGUAUGAUGACCUGUUCCCUUAAGUAAGAUAACAUUGUACAGUACAGUACUCAAUGAAAAAAUCCGCUUGUGGCCAGUGAGAGUGAUGUCACAAAAUGGUGACGGGCGACAACAUAUGACUGUAUUAGACAGUAUGGGACCAAAGGCCGAAGGAUUUUGAUUACCCCACCAAGACAACUGGAGUGGGUACUGUUUGGAGUGUGUGUGUACAGUUAGUAUGAGCGAUGCAGUACAGUUUCCUUUUAAUGCUGGGUGUGGUUAGGUUUUCCUGUGUAUAAUCAUGUCUACUGCGUGUGGAAUUAAAUUUAAUAUAUAUAAUUAUUUAAUAUAUAUUUGGAUAAAAGUUUUGUAAGUAGGUUAGUUUAUACUUUUGUAAUUUCAUAGGUCUUAUAAACACCAUGUUAUCAGGUUUCUUGUUGACACCUGGAACUUUUGAGUCAUGAUGGCAGGAAACGGCAGAUUUUAGGGCACACAUUCACACAACUACAGCUCAGAGAUCCUGCCUCCACCAACUUUUCUAUUAUGACCUGCUCUUAGUUGAUGUUUAUUGCAGACUUUGAGUGAAAUAAUAUGACAAAGGCAUCUGGUAGCUAUUGGAUAGUAGGUAAUAGGCAGUUGUGUGUAGUUGACUCUUGCCACGAAAAGGAGUGAUAAUUACACGUUCAAUUUAGUGAUAUAUCAAGUGAAGGUUUGAGAGGUACAUUGUUCGCCAGACAGGGACCAACACCUUUAUUCUUCCGGCCCAAAUUUUUCCCAUCUGUUGCUGACAAAGUACACAGCAUCCGACCAUCAGUUAUCACCUAUAUAGUAAUACAAAAUAAUAUCUGGUAAUUUUGUUCAAACUUCAAUAUGGUACAAUUGGUGGUUUGUGAUUAUUGAGAACGUAAAUAAGAAUAAAUAUACCGGUAAUAACUUUUUACUUAGUUUUCGAGCCUAAACUUGACAUAAGGUUAGCGAAAGUACACGAUGAAUUUAUCGUGUGAUGGAAUUGUAUUUUUAUCAACAAACAUUUAUAGGAGGAUGGCGAGUUUGUAUGAUAAUGUGUAUAUUACAAAAAAUAUUAAAGAGCGGCAAAUGUUAUUAAAAGUAAAGACAAAAAAGUUCUAUAAUUUAUUUUGCAGACAAAGUAACAUUGACUGUGACGUGGGUGUUGACAAUAAAUACACAAACAUUAAUUGACUGGUGGAAACAAAACAGAUACAGUAUAUAAUUUACUGGACAUCUGAAAAUGUAUAUAAAAUUGACAAAAAUAAAACGAAACUUUGAUUUAUUACAGAUUAGGAUAAAAAGAUAUGUGUGCGUGUGUGAGUAGAUGGUCAUAAGUAUGGGAGAUCUGACCCCCACCCCCCUGCCUCCCUCUCCACACCCCCCAGGCAAGUUAAAGUGAUAGAGUUAAGAGCCAGGGGGAGAAAAGGGGGAAGGGGUCACCAUCCCUCACACUCGUUCCCCUCAACACUAAAUACUGAACUGAACACUGCCGAUACAUUACUGAACAUACUGUGGUUAAUAAUCAAUUACAGGAUACCAUUUUU